GCUUCGCGUGCCCCGAGUGGCCGUGGGAGAAGCCCUCUUAGACACAGACGACGAGGCCGUGGUGGUGGUGGCAGUGGUGGCUUAGGGCAAAGUGAUCGGGAGAGUAUUUGUAAGUUAAUUUCAACCCCCCCCCUUGAGCUCUCGAACAAAACAAGCUAUUUUUUUUGUACACGUAUGUAAAGUUGAUUCUUGUUUUGAGUUUUUAUUUUAGCCGGUUGGGGAGGGUGAAAAAGAUUUUGCGUGGUGCUUUGGGGUUUUUUUUUUAGUUGAAAAAGAAAUAAAACCAAGAAGACAAAGUCCGGAGUUUGUUCGUCACACGAGCUGCGGCGGCCUGCAGCAAGUCACCAUGGGUAAAGGAGUGAAGCGGAAGCUGAGCGCCGACGAGGACGGCUUCCCGGGCGUUGCCGGAGGCGAAGACGGCGACGCUGGCGCCGCCGAGCGGCUGUGCCCGGGCAGCGGUGCCGGCGGCGUCGUCGUCGACGGCGGCCGCCGCGGCGGCCCGGGCUACACGCAGCGCCGGCAGCGCGUGCUCGACGCGUCGCUCCGCAAGAUGCACGCCGGGCAGGCCCUCCGCGACCCCAGCCUGCGGCGCUCCGUCCUCGUCGCCAACACCGUGCGGCGCAUCCAGACCGAGAUGUGCGGCGAGGAGGAACGCGCCGCCGCCGCGGCCGGCGCCGUGGCCGCGGCGGCUGCCAUGGCCGCGGCGUUCGCGUGCCCCGGGGACGUCGAGCGCGAGCCGACGCCCGCCCCGGGCUGCGCCGUCUGCCACGACUACGACGGGUCGGAGGGCGGCCCGGACUACGAGCGGCUCGCCAAGCUCGGCGCCGUGGAGCAGCGGCUGCUGCAUGGCGGCCUCGAGAGCAUCUCGUGCGCGCUCACCUCGGCGCUCAAGGACCUCGUGUUCGGCGACGGCGACGGCUCGGGGACGAGCGGCGGAGGAGGUCCCGUCGGCGUGGGGCCGGCGGCGGCGGCGGGCGUCUGCGUGGGCGGCAACGGCGGCGUCCCGCGGGGCUGGCCGGCGACGGGCGGGUGCGACUGGCACGAGCUGGACUCGGUGUUCAGCGGGCUGGAGAUCGCGGUGGGCCCCGCGGCGCGCCUGCUCGCCGACCUGGAGGUGGAGCUGGACGAUCACUUUGCGGACAUCGACACGUCGAUGUACGACGACGCGGACGCAGCCGACCCGUGGCCGCCGGGCCUCUCCGUGUCCCUCCUGGUGGCACCCGGGAAGGUGCCGCCGGGCUCGCUGUCGGAAGACCUGCUCAGGAACUUGUCGCCCUGCGGUGGCGGCGUCGGUGGUGGCGGUGGCUCGCAGCCGCUUAGAAGCUCGGACUUCAGCGAACUCGAUCAAAUCAUGGAGGUUCUAGUGGGGUCGUGAUAACGACGGAAAGACCCGCCGCCUCCCCUGAAGUUUUCUUAAACGUUAUUUUGUGUUUUGACUGCACCGUGCAGAUGCACGCUUUACAUGACACUAAACUGAACUGCCUCACUCCUCCCGUUUUUCGAAAUUAAGGCCGAUUUUGUGCCUUGGCCAACUCGGUCAUGAAUGUUGGAAAUGGAUUUUUUUUUUUAAUAUUUAUAGUAUUUAUUGAAAUCAAGCACAAACUUCGACAUCAAGCAAAGAUAAUUCUGAAAUGAAUAACGGUUUUCCAUUGCAGGUAUUUACACAGGACGUUGCGUUAUCCGUAUUUUCCGAUGUGCCUAACAGCAAGAUGAACUGCAAUAGACUGGCUCCUCGAAACAGGACAAAACUGUUGAGCAAAACAGAUGUUUUAUCCCAAAAAAAAAAACCGAGUAUACUUUUUGUAAACUUCGGACGUUCAAACGUGUGGGUCCGUCUCCCUCCCCCCACGGGGGGGGGGGGGGGGGUAAAAUAGAAAAUGACAACGUUUGCUUAAAUGCACGGAAAACAGUACUUCCAUUUUUAUCGAACUAUUGUGGCGUUCUGUCGUUUUUUGAAACUUGUUGUUUGUGGCGUGCAGUUGGCAGCACAGAGUCGUACGUUCGCCAUAACCUUUUUGCAGUGUCUCUGUUUCAAUGUUUUCUGAAGAUGAUUUCCGCCCGCCCCUUUAACAUCUUAAUCGAUAAGCAAAACCUUGUGGUGUGUGUGUGUUAGCAUUAAGACAUUACGUACAUGUGAGCCCAAAAAGAGUAAUGAACUCUUGAUGGUGAUUUUUUUAUUCUCGGGGCGAACGUGUCGAUCUUAUGAUAAUUAUUAUUUUAAAUGUGUAUAAUUUAGUCCACGCCUUUGCUGGAGUUAGGUGAAAGAGCGAGGCGUGUAAGAAUUGAAAGUCGAUUGCAGGCUCGUGGGUAUGAUUGCUGGUGUGAAAUUAAUUGUACAUUUUAUACAAAAUUUGCACAGGAAUUCUAUACUUUUUCUAUAUAAAUAUUCUAAAGAUGACUUUUAUAUUUGGAAUGCAUGCUUUAUUUUAAGAGAGAUUAUGUAUUUAUGCGUCUGUGGUGUGGCCCACACGAAGGAAGAGUCAUCGCGAAGCCGUGAACUCUUUGCGGAUGAAGGCCUCCGAUGGCAAACUGGCCCCAGUGCACGCCGAAUACACUGUGCAUCUGCACAGGUAAUUUGCAUUGCAAUGUAAUGCAUCGUCCCAAUGAUCUGAUCCUGCCCCUAGCUCCCAAUCCAAUCACGGAUUACUUUCAAAAUCACACUCACUCCCUUCAAGAUUCUCCAUGGACUCACCCCUGCCUAUUAUCCCCUCUCAUCUCACUCUACUCCCCUCCACACGCUCUCCUAACUCUCCCCCCUCAUCUCGACUCCCCUCCACGCACUCUCCUACCACUCCCCUCCCAUCUCACUCUACUCCCCUCCACGCACUCUCCUACCUCUCCCUUCUCAUCCCACGCACUCUCCUACCUCUCCCCCCUCAUCUCACUCUACUCCCCUCCACGCACUCUCCUACCUCUCCCCUCCCAUCUCACUCUACUCCCCUCCACGCACUCUCCUACCUCCCCUCCCCUUUUAUUUCACUCCAUGCACUCUUCUCUCCAGAAACAGGCCUUUUGUGUCGAAUCCCCUUUGCUCAGCGAGAGGUCACCUCUUCUCCUCUGCUGCACCACCCUGAGGCUGGAACUCCUUCCCCCCACCCCCCAGCCAUCCGUGCUGUCGGCUCCCCCCUGCCGCUGUUCAAGUCCAGGCUAAAAAGAAAAGUCUUCCUAUUCUCCUCUGCCUAUUACUGAGGACUGCCUCUCGUCAGAAAGUACAACAGCCCCACUCUUCCUGCGCAGCAUCACGGAGAUGCCGUCUCAUUUAGCCACCGCCGCACGAAUCCAAAUUGCGUUGCGCUCAUCGCCAGGGAACGCCGCCGAGUUCACGGAGACGCGAUGGCCUUACUCGCGUCGCUCGCACCUUCCAUGUGACGACGACAUCACCACCGCCCGACGUUCUGUUCAGUGUUUUGCAAGGGAAAUCCGCGGCCGCAACACUCGUCAACUGUGACCAUGUUCGGCCACUUUGCUACGGGGAGAGGGGGUGGAGGGGGGGGGCAUUAAAUCCGGGAAGGCCAAUUUAAAAGAGCUGCGUUAAGAAAGUGGAUUGCUCCUUCCCCCCCCCCCCCCCCCCCCGUGUCAAAUGUAACAAUUCGGCAGGCGAAUCCUUACAUCGCUUAGGGCUUAAGUUCUCACCGAAUAUAUUCCCCGGAUCACCGUAUUCCAGGAGAUGGCACGUGACUACUAGUAGCCGCGGCCCCACAGUGAGGGAUCUGCAUCAACAGUAUACUGGAUGUGGUGUGCCGGGUUUGCGCGGGAAAAAAUGCUUCGGGCUCACCCACCCGGAUGGACCUGGCUGAAAUGAAACCCUGACGACCGCUCAAACCUCCCUCCCUCGUGUUUGUGGCGUCUUGUCGAGCGCUGUGCCGACCCCUCUCCCCCCCCUCCACGUUUUGUCUGUGCCCGUGUAACUUAUUGGUAAUUUAUUGAAACGAUCAGUUCGAUGUCUCUGAAAACAGGAUUGCGCCGCGCACUGUUGUGUUUGAAAUUAAGAACACGUUCAAUUUUUCUCGUUGUUUUUCCUCCCCCCUCGUCUUUCGCCCGAACUCCCAUCAUCGAGUUCCCCCCCCCUCCUCUCCAAGUCCCCAGUCUGUUCACCGUUCUUGUUGUAAUCCCUGGGGCUAUAACGCAGGACCUGUUACAGCGCCGUAGCAAUGUCGUGUAAGUUCGGUUUGCGAUAGACCUUUCUUUGCUUCCGAGUAAAAACGAGAGGGGUUACGACGCUGGUUCGUGCGCGUUCGGCGGGGGGGGGGGUGAGUUACGGGAAAACGCUCGAGUUGUCGUACUACAAUCACAGCCUCGCCGCAUUGACGAGAAAGCCGAAACGGCAUUGUCUGCAUUCAGGCCCCCCCCCCCCCCAACUGCCGUUGGUCAUCGUCCGAUCGGAGUGGGCUCCAAGCGGGACUUGAUUUCUCGCCGAGUAUUUAUUACCGAGUCGCCCGUAGACUGGAGUAGGUUAGCGCGCGACCAGUGUCCACAGGCCAUCGCAGGAUGGUGUGUCCUGGAUGCGGUGUGCCGGAGUGCAAACGUCGCUAACUCGGACGCAAAAAACAUUAAACCCUGAUCCACACUGUUUCGAAAUUCGGUUUGGGGGGGGGGGGGGGGCUGUUGCUUUAAAGGCUGUCUUGUUAUUAGGGGACACAGCCAGGAAUCAGAAUCAUUUAUUUAUCCUGGAGGAAUCCCAUGAGCCAUAACGCGCUUUUUCACAGAUUGCAAGUAUAGGGGAGGGGGGUGCAUCUUGAACAUUCACUUGUCAAAUUUAUCCCAAAUGCGUGCAUUUACCGGAUUCGGUAUCUGGGAAUAUCGUUUACAGUGAAAAAGCCAUCAAGAUUCUCCAUCCAGUGUUCUCGUAAUAAUGUCAUGUUUGGCUCAGCUGGUUGACCGUAACGAUCAAUUCGAGACAAUUCGAUGAUCUGUCGUCAAUCGGGGGUCGCGAUUCGAUUCCAGAAUCGAUCGUCGUCUCAACGUCCGGUGGUGGAGAGUCACGUGACCUCCAUUACAUGCGUCGUGAUCGACAAACGUCGCCUUUUUAAUUGGGUGCAUCGGGAGCUUCAGAAUCGAUGUCCAUCGAUGACUUGAAGCAUCCGUUUUCGACUCUGUUUUCCAAUUCUGCGGCAUUUUCUCUUUCACGUGUAUAACGUUACAAACCGGAAGGAGCAAUGGUUCCCAGACACCAAUGUGAACACCUUACAAUUCCUGGCUGUGCCUCCAACUUAACUUUCCUUUCGCAAAACAACAACAACAACCAAGAACCGUCCACGGUUCACGAGCCGAGACCGAACGUUUCACUUUGCCAUGACCGCCCAAGGCGACGAAACUUUAGCGGCACCAAUUUCUUUAUUUGCUCAAUAAAAGCGAUUUGUGACACAACCUUUCCGAAUGAAUUGGUUGUUAUUUUUUUAACCACUUUUAUCGAUCGUACAAAAGAAAUCAUUACGAGCAAAGUUUUGGCGUUCUCCUGCGGUCCUAACCUUCACCGUGGUCCAC